AUGUCUCCUCUAAAUUCUUCUUGCGAAAAUUGUUAUAUUCUCACCUCUCAACUUAUUGUAAAGGAUGAAACUAUAUCAUCGCUUCAACAAUAUAUCAUAAAGUUACAAAAAGAUUUGUUAUUUACUCAACAAGAAUUAAUUCGUUGUAAUGAAACCUUAGAGCAUUUUAGUUGCUCUUCAGUUGCAAGUAGCCAUAAUGUUGAUAUCAUUAGUCAUCGACAACACACAACAAAAUCAAAAACUUGUUUGAAUCCUUUUCAUGAGUUGAAUGAUAGUGAAUUAAGUGGAAGCGAAAGUUGUAAUGGAACGGUGGCUUUUCAUAAAACCGAAAGAUGUUUUCAAAAUCUUUUAGAUAACAUUGGAACUCUCAAAAUUCAAGAAAGUACUUUCAAAAUUCAAGAAGAAUACAAAGUUUGGGUCGGAAAUGUCAUCCCCCCUAUUACAAUUCAAGGAUUAAAAUAUAGAUUUGAAGAUGAAUUUGGUGAAGUUUCAUCGAUUGAGCACUAUGCACCUCAACCAUACGCUUAUGUGACUUUUAAAAGCCAAGAUGCAUUUUAUAAAGCUGUCAAAAUGAAGAGAAUUUACGUACAAGGUGUUAGAAUUAAUGUUGAGAAACCAAGGCAUUAA